AACAGCAUAAGCGUGUAUAAACCGAUUCAUUUAUUUCUAUCGCCUGAUACUGUCAUGUGUUUGCAUCGACAGUGGUCAUUAGCCUGCUCCAUUCGGGGUUAUUCGGAAUAUAAGCAAUAUAAUCAUUAACCAAAAAUGUACUUAGUACUGUGCGAUACACACUUUUUUGAAGGACUGGAAAUCAUAUCAUAUCUGACUGGAAUCUGGAAUCUGACUGGAAUAGUAAGAAUGUCCAUCUGCACUUAUAAAAAACCCUGUUGCGUUACACUUUUCUAUAAUCUUGCGCUCUUGAGUUGAUUUUAACCAAAAACACAUGUCAUUUUUACCAGGCAUGUUCACUUAGCGUAAUAUAAAAAUAUUUUGGGGUUAAUACACUUGGGAGUUCAAGACCAUUCGGUAUUAGUCAUGUGGAUUAUUAUGGUAUUUAUCAAUAUCAAUUGGCGUUACCUUACAACGACGUUCUUAACUAUGCCUUUAUACGAGGCUCUUGUCAAGGAAAAGCUUUACGUGACAUAUUAGCCACGGGGGUUUUGUAAUCUGAACUUUCAAAUCUACAAACUUUAACCAAACGCACGACACCUCAGCAUGAUGGCCGAGCAAGAAAUUUCCACACCAACUUCUCAAACGUUUGGUUGGCUAGCAUUUCGCCCAGAAUGUUUAAAGUUCCUGAACUCCCCGAAAUGGUUCCUGUUCUUUCUCGUCAUGUAUUUUUUUACGCAGAGUAUCGUUGUAAACGGCGUGUAUUCGGUGUCCAUCUCGACUAUUGAGAAGCGCUAUGGUUACUCAAGUUCCCUGACUGGUUUUCUGACAAGUUCGUUUGACAUCGCCGCUCUCGUGCUGACGCCACUUGUCAGUUUCCUUGGCGCAAGACGAAAGAAACCUGUCUGGUGUGGGGUAGGACUGCUGACCAUGGGGAUUGGCAUGCUCAUCUUCUUCCUGCCGCACGCGAUAAGCAAAAGAUAUGAGGCGGGCUCAGUACAAAUGGAACGUCUAACGGGUCUUUGCAACUCAACUUCCGGUUCUUUGAAUCCUUGUGAAUCUACUUCCGGUAACAAGGGGUACUUUCCACUGUUCGUUCUUGGGAUGCUGGUCAUGGGUUCAGGUGCCACGCCCAUGAUUGCUCUCGGAAUUCCUUAUAUGGAUGAAAACGUCAAAGCAAAAGUAUCCCCCAUGUACGUCGGUAUCUUCUACGCGUCUGGUAUUUUCGGUGCGGGUGCUGGAUUUGUUGUUGCUGGAAUUUUUCUUGCAAUGUACGUGGACAUUGGUGUCCAGACCUCCUUGACCCCCAAGGACGAGCGUUGGGUCGGGGCCUGGUGGCUAGGAUUUGUUGUGUGUGGAACGCUGUGUAUUUUUUGGAGUUUGUGGCUGUUUGGCUUCCCCCGGAGAAUUCCAAAGAAAAACGCAAGCGAGGACCUCAAAUUGACAGAGAGUGACGAAAGUGCAAACAUCCAAGAAGAGGCGUUGGUCAAGGAAGUUUCCCAUUUACCACUUGCUACCAAAAGUCUCCUCUCUAAUGUCACGUAUGUCAGUGCGACCAUAGCAUGCUGCUUGGAGGCUUUUGUGAUCUCGGGUUUCGUAGCAUUCGCUCCGAAAAUCCUACAGUCCCAGUUCCGACUCCCUGCGGCUAGAGUCAGCAUUUUGUACGGUCUACUUGCUAUUCCAGCUGCCCUUUGUGGAAAUCUGUUAGGCUCCUACAUCAACAAAAAGCUCCGUCUCAGUAUGACAGGUGCAGCGCUCAUGUGUCUUAUUGUAACGUUUCUCGGUGCCGGAGGGACUUUCCCCUUGCUGGCCAGCUGCAGUACAGUCACCAUGGCAGGGAUCAACACACAGGGAUCAACAAACAGUUAUCCUGCUUUCCUGAAUUCCUAUGCAAGUUGUAACGCCGACUGCGCAUGCUCCAGUUUGCCUUACAGUCCCAUAUGCAGCGGCGGCGUGACUUACUACUCAUCGUGUCACGCUGGCUGCCGUGCCAGAGAUGUCAACGGGUCCCUCGCGGAUUGCUCCUGUCUGUCUCCUGCCGAUGGCGUCUUGAAGGACGGUAAAUGCCGGUCGCCCUGUGGUUACAACAAUUCGGCGAUAAUGGCGGGGGUUUUCCUCUUUGGUUUCUUAACAUUUAUGACUAUGACACCGACCACCAUAGUCACUCUUAGGUGCCUACCUUGGAAGGAUCGCACAUAUGGCAUGGGAUUCCAGAUGACUACAGUACGAUUGCUUGGAUCCAUCCCGGGACCCAUUGUCUACGGUGCUCUCAUCGACAGGGCCUGCAUUCUAUGGGAUACAAGGUGUGACGGUCAGGGCAACUGUCUGGAGUACAACAACACUCAGCUCGCCUACACCGUGUUUGGACUGUGCUUCGUCUGCAAACUAGUGGUCAUAAUGGGCUUCUUGGUGUCGUAUCUCUCCUGCCGUAGAAAAAACAGAUCACUGACUCUAUCGAACGGCAAACCAGUAGUUAUAUACCUUUAGAUUCCAACUUUUCAGGAGAUGAGUGACCUGAGACAAUACCAUGUCCUAAAAAGCUGUUACUCCUUCCUUUCAAGGUCGUCAAUGGCCUUGUUUCACCAUACUUAACUGACCUACUAGCUCCAUAUAAACGAGAAAUCUACGCUCUUCCACGAAAAACCUUUAAAACUAGAUAUCUUCUUAAAACAUAUGGCUCUAGAGCCUUCUUAUUGUAUAGGAUCUCUCUACCACCAGAAAUCCGAGCUUGUCAUGAUUUAUCUAACUUCAAUUCCAAAGUGAAGGCAUUUCUUUUUCGGCGCGCUUUUGAAUAAAGAUUUCAAUCUUUUAUACUUUUAA